GUUGCCUGGGAGCUGGGCUUGCAAAGUCGCCGCGAUGGGGAAAUCCGAUUUUCUUACUCCCAAGGCGAUCGCCAACAGGAUCAAGUCCAAGGGACUUCAGAAGCUUCGCUGGUAUUGCCAGAUGUGCCAGAAGCAGUGCCGGGAUGAGAACGGCUUUAAGUGUCACUGUAUGUCCGAAUCUCACCAGAGACAACUGUUGCUGGCCUCAGAAAAUCCUCAGCAAUUUAUGGAUUACUUCUCAGAGGAAUUUCGAAAUGACUUUCUAGAACUUCUCAGGAGACGCUUUGGCACAAAGCGGGUCCACAACAACAUUGUAUAUAAUGAAUACAUCAGCCAUCGAGAGCAUAUCCAUAUGAAUGCUACACAGUGGGAAACCCUAACUGAUUUCACCAAGUGGCUGGGCAGAGAGGGCUUGUGCAAAGUGGAUGAAACACCAAAAGGCUGGUAUAUUCAGUACAUUGAUAGGGACCCAGAAACGAUCCGCCGGCAAUUAGAACUAGAGAAAAAGAAGAAGCAAGACCUUGACGAUGAAGAAAAAACCGCCAAAUUCAUUGAGGAACAAGUGAGAAGAGGGCUGGAAGGGAAAGAGCAGGAGACCCCUGUUUUCACAGAACUAAGCAGGGAAAAUGAUGAAGAAAAAGUUACAUUUAAUUUGAACAAAGGAGCAUGUAGUUCAGGAGGAGCAACAUCAUCCAAACCCAGUUCCCUGGGGCCAAGUGCCCUGAAGGCCAUGGGGAGUACAGCCGCCGUGAAACGGAAGGACCCUUCCCAUAGCUCAGCUCAAUCAAAAGAAAAGAAGAAAAAGAAAUCUGCCCUUGAUGAAAUCAUGGAGGUACAGUUUAAGAAUGAGCUCAGUGGAGGAAUGAUAGAAUUCAUACCAUAGGAAAAUUACAUCGUUCUGCAAUUAUUGGAUGAGUAUUAAAUUAGAAAA